CCCAGCCUCCCGCCGGGCGCCGGGCCUAAGCCGGCAGCGCCAGGCGGGAAGUUCGGAAGACAGUCGCUCAGCUUGGGGCGCCGCCAGGCCACAGCCCGUCCGGAAGCUGCCGUGUCGCCCCGAUUUUCCGCGGCUCUAUAAGGAGUAGCGCUUCGGUAGCCGGGGAGCUGGAGGGGAACCUGAUUUGAGAUCAAUUCUUGGAGAACACAAAGAAGUGUGGUGGUAUGUUCCAGGGUUGAACCAGCUGCCCUUUGACCCUGCCAACAACAACGAGCCCCUGCAGUUUGGUAGUGCCAGUGGCCCUCUGGUCACAGAAGGCCUCCUUGAGAAUGGAGGGGAGUCAAGCAAGAAAAGAAAGAGAACAAAUGCUCCUUCAGGUGAAAUUUCAUGAGCACCCAAGAGAAACUGAUAGGUGGAGUUGGGUGUCCUGUUCCAACUCCUCCUCUGUGAAGUAGAUCAGUAACCUGGAUUAGAUAUUACUGCAGUAUUUGGCCACAGAUUCUUUCUAUGUGGAUCUGGCUGCUUUGCAGCUUUUAUCGUAAGCUGAUAAUAGUAGAACUCUGAAUGUGGAUUCCACUGCAAUGACGCUACCUAUGUCUGAUCCAACUGCAUGGGCCACGGCAAUGAAUAAUCUUGGAAUGGCACCGCUGGGAAUUGCUGGACAACCAAUUUUACCUGACUUUGAUCCUGCUCUUGGAAUGAUGACUGGAAUUCCACCAAUAACUCCGAUGAUGCCUGGCUUGGGAAUAGUACCUCCUCCAAUUCCACCAGAUAUGCCAGUAGUAAAAGAGAUCAUACACUGUAAAAGCUGCACACUCUUCCCUCCAAAUCCAAAUCUUCCACCUCCUGCAACUCGCGAACGACCACCAGGAUGCAAAACGGUAUUUGUGGGCGGCUUGCCUGAAAAUGGGACAGAGCAGAUCAUCGUGGAAGUGUUCGAGCAGUGUGGAGAGAUCAUUGCUAUUCGGAAGAGCAAAAAAAACUUUUGUCACAUUCGCUUUGCUGAGGAGUACAUGGUGGACAAAGCCCUUUAUCUUUCUGGUUACCGAAUUCGCCUGGGCUCUAGCACUGACAAAAAGGACACAGGCCGGCUCCACGUUGAUUUUGCACAGGCUCGAGAUGACCUGUACGAGUGGGAAUGCAAACAGCGUAUGCUAGCAAGAGAGGAGCGCCACCGUAGAAGGAUGGAAGAAGAAAGGUUGCGCCCACCAUCCCCACCCCCAGUGGUCCACUAUUCAGAUCAUGAAUGCAGCGUUGUUGCUGAAAAACUAAAAGAUGAUUCCAAAUUCUCAGAAGCUGUACAGACCUUGCUCACCUGGAUUGAACGAGGAGAGGUGAACCGUCGCAGCGCCAACAACUUCUACUCCAUGAUCCAGUCAGCCAACAGCCACGUCCGCCGCCUGGUGAAUGAGAAAGCUGCUCACGAGAAAGACAUGGAAGAAGCAAAGGAGAAGUUCAAGCAGGCUCUUUCUGGAAUUCUCAUUCAAUUUGAGCAGAUAGUAGCUGUGUACCAUUCCGCCUCCAAACAAAAGGCAUGGGACCACUUCACAAAAGCCCAGCGUAAAAACAUCAGCGUUUGGUGCAAACAAGCUGAGGAAAUUCGCAACAUACAUAAUGAUGAAUUAAUGGGAAUCAGGCGAGAAGAAGAAAUGGAGAUGUCUGAUGAUGAAAUAGAAGAAACAACAGAAACAAAAGAAACUGAGGAAUCAGCCUUAGUAUCACAGGCAGAAGCUCUGAAAGAAGAAAAUGACAGCCUCCGUUGGCAGCUUGAUGCCUACCGGAAUGAGGUGGAACUGCUUAAGCAAGAACAAGGCAAAGCCCUCAGAGAAGAUGACCCAAACAAGGAACAGCAGCUGAAACUCCUACAGCAAGCCCUGCAAGGAAUGCAACAGCAUCUACUCAAAGUCCAAGAGGAAUACAAAAGGAAAGAAGCUGAACUUGAAAAAAUCAAAGAUGACAAGUUACAGGUGGAAAAAAUGUUGGAAAAUCUUAAAGAAAAGAUAUACCGUGAAAUGACAGCUAAAGAAGACAGGAAGAGAGAGCUAACUGAUUAUCAGAAAAAUGAGAACUGUGCCUCUAGAAUGUGUGCCUCGAGCCAGGAUAGUGACUACCCUCUUGAGAAGACCCUGAACAGCAGUCCCAUCAAAUCUGAACGUGAAGCACUGCUAGUGGGGAUUAUCUCCACAUUCCUUCAUGUCCACCCAUUUGGAGCAAGCAUUGAAUACAUCUGCUCCUACCUGCACCGUCUAGAUAAUAAGAUCUGCACCAGUGAUGUGGAAUGUCUCAUGAGCCGACUCCAACAUACCUUCAAGCAGGAAAUGACUGGAGUAGGAGCCAGUCUGGAGAAGAGAUGGAAAUUCUGUGGCUUUGAGGGCUUGAAACUGACCUGAAUCCCUUUGCCUAACAACCUGGGAUCCUGAAAAUAAAUGUGUGUUGGACAAGCUUGGAAAGUGAUAUUGUGUUUUCAAUGGUUUGCAAGUGGAAAUUGCUUUAAAUUUGUCAAUUCAUUCCUGGAAUAUCUUUUCAGUUAAAAUAAGGAUCCUAGAGCAGCACCUUGAGCUACAGGCACUAUAAAGAAAUUGACUCAAACCUCAAGUGCUGUAAUUUCCCCCCUUUCUGUCAACUGGUUGUCUUUUUUUAUUGGUAGUAUUAAAAAGGCCUGAGGCUAAAGAGUAUUUGGGGUGUUUUCAGUGUCUAUACUACUGUUGUAGACUGUGGUAUUUUUUUAAACUCUGAUAACUGAAAUGUUUUGAUAAUUUGUAUGUGGUUUGUGUUUCAGAAUUUCUUUUCCCUUAAUGUUGCUAUUGGUGAGAGGAAUGAGAGGAGCACUAGGGACUCCAUAACUGACAUUGUCUUUCCAAUCCCCAGUAGGCCAGUAAGUGACUAACACAUCAGUGUCUUCUCGAAGGUGCUUGACCAGGUUCACCUUUUAAAAGACAAAGCAUGGUUUGUGGCUUUUUGCAAAAUUACUGUGAACCAAAAGUUGACAAAUGUUUCGAAGUUAUUUUCUCUAAUGUAUCAGAUAAAAGGUUUAUUUCAGAAUGAAAAAAAAAACCUAGAUGUAUUCACAGCAAGCAAGUGUCCAGUAUGACUGGCAUGUGUAUGUGGUAUUCAGAAUCAUCUUGUAAAUAGUCUGCUUUUAAAGGAGGGCAUGUUUAGUUUUCUAUGAAUUAAAAACAUGUGUGUGCAUGUGCGUGCACGUGCACACACACACACAUUAGCAGAAGGGAUUUAUUUUACUAUGCUUUCCCCUCUGUCCUUCUUACAAAGUCUGGUGGUCCCUUUUCUUCUGCUAUCAGUGUGUUGAAUUGCAAACCAUGUACUGCUGUAAAUAUUAUGUUUACUUCAUGCUGAAUGUUUGCAAAGAGUUCUGAUGAGUAUUAAUAGAAAAUUCUUGGUUAUGAAUAAAUAAUAGGUCAGGGUUGUGAAGCUUCCUGCAAAUAGGUCAGCUCUACGUGGAGUGCUGAGUGCCAGGGACAGCUCCAGCUCUGCAGUGCCCAUCAGCAGAUUACAAUGGCAGAGUGUGCGUGGACCAGUCAGGAAGUCCAGCUUUAUGGAAAAGAAAGGGAAAAGAUGAAAUCUGGGGCGAAUAUCCUGAAGCAGAGAGGAUCUUUUCUUCUCUGGUGUUAGGUCUAAUGACAUAAGCCUGCCCUCCUUUGAAUCUUGAUUGAAAAUAAGAGAAUGUACUAAGUCAGCAAAGCUAAUGGAGAAGAUUUCAGGAAAAUACUUUGUAAAUCAGAUGUCAGUAGUGUUCAAAGUUGUAUUUUUAAAAGAUAAAUAUUCCUUUUUUAUACCUCA